AUGUUUUCCAAAAAACGUAAAGUUGACAAUGAAAACAGAAAGUUCCUGGCUGAGUGGACCGAACAAUAUUUUUUUACACUUCCAGUAAGAGCUGGAGCCGUUCCAGUUUGUCUCAUAUGCAACAGUACAGUUGCUGUCGUUAAAUGUGCUAAUUUAAAGCGUCAUUAUGAUACAAUGCAUAAAGAUUUUGAAAAAAAAUUUCCUCUUGACAGUGCAGCGCGUAAAGAUAAGCUCCAAGCGUAUCUCUUGUCUUAUAAAAAUAGUACGACUAUGUUAGUAAAGAGUAUGAGUGGGCAAGAAAAGUCAAUAGAAGCAGCAUUGCGUGUUUGCUGGACGUUAAAUAAGCACCAAAAGCCAUUUACAGACUCAGAAAUUGUAAAAGAGUGUAUGUUGGAAGUAGCCACUGCACUUUUUGAAGAGAAAAAGGACAUAAUUAAUGCUAUUCAAAAUAUUCCUCUAUCAGCAAGAAGCAAUACAAGAAGAACAGAACUAUUGGCCGAUGACAACAAAAAUAAUUUAAUUCACAUUUUACAGAUGGCUCCUUGCUACGCUAUUGCAAUUGAUGAGUCAUGUGAUAUUGUUGAUUCUGAGCAGAUGUCAAUUUUCGUGCGUUUUUUAGACGUUGAAAGUAAAGUGUUCAGAGACGAAUUGUUAGCAUUAUUGCCAUUGAAAUACAAGACUCGUGGAGAAGAUUUGUUUAAAACUUUUGACGACUUCAUGACUAAAUCAAAUAUUAGUUAUGAUAAAAUUGUGUCUAUUUCAACCGAUGGCGCCCCAGCAAUGAUUGGUAAAGAAAAAGGAUUUGUUAAGAGAAUCAAGGAUAAGAAUGCUGAAAUACUUUCAUAUCAAUGUAUAAUUCAUCAAACAUCCCUGUGUGGCAAACUUAGUACAACGCUGAAGGAAGUAAUGGACAUAAUGAUCAAGUUGAUUAAUUUUUUGAGGUCCCGAUCUGCUCUUCAGCACAGGCAGUUUAAAGAUUUUUUAUUUGAAUGUGAUUCAGUGUAUUCGGAUUUACUUCAACAUAACAAUAUCCGUUGGUUAAGUAAAGGCAAAGUGAUCGAACGUUUUUGGAGUAUAAAAGAAGAAGUAAUCACGUUCUUGAUAAACUUGGAUUCACAAGAAUCAAAGCAUGUAUCUGCUUUCCGGCGAAAACUUGAAAUCUUUGAAGAAGAUAUAAAAAAUCAAGAUUUUAUUCAUUUUCCAACAAUCCUUGAAUAUAAAAAGAAUUCCGACAUAGACUGCAGUAUGUUUUUAAGUUUUUUGUCGGACCUUCGUGAAGAAUUUGGUAAGAGAUUCAAAGACUUUGCAGAAAUUGGAAAACUGUCUCAAUUUUUAAAAAGUCCGUUUGAAGUUUCUCCGACUGGAGAAUGGAUUGACGUUGCUACAAAAUUAUUCAGACUUCCAAAAUCUUCACUUCAAAUGGAAAUUAUUGAUUUGCAAGAAGAUAUCUCAUUGCAAAUGAAUAAGACUUCGUCUACUGAAGAUUUUUGGAUAAAACAUGUCUUGGAUAAAUACAUGAACUGUAAUACCCUUGCCAUAAAAUUAGCUACUAUGUUUGGCUCCACUUAUUUAAGUGAAAUUGUUUGCUUGUGUAUGUUGGUGUAUGUUGAGUUUAUUGUUAUUUUGUAA